AUGAAAUUCUUCAUCGUUAUUCCCACUCUUAUUGGGGCCGUCCAGUCUCUUCUGGUCCCUAAAACUAGGCUAGAUCCAUAUGCUCCCACGGGGAGAUCAGCCUUCCGCCGCAUUCUUAUUUCCACCUUCUUGCCCUUGAACGCGAGCCGGUUCCCCUGUUCUCCAGAAGUGGUUCCUUACUUGCCUCCAGAAACAACGCGUGUGUACACUCAGUUGGCGGUAGGCAUGGGACUGCCUGCCGCCUUCGUCAGUGCGUUUGAGGUUGACUACUGUAAGCUACCACCGGCUGCAGCUUGCAAGGAUUCCAAGAAAGGUGUGGCAUUUCCUGUCGCCAUCUUUUCGCCGGGCCAUUCAGCUUCGAGGCUUUUGUACACGGCACUUGCGCGCAGCCUAGCAAGUCGCGGCUACGUCGUCAUCACAAUCGAUCACCCACACGACGCGGAUAUUGUUGAAUUUCCCGACGGCACCGUCAUUCGCGGUCCCGACAACACGACAUCCGAGAGUGCCAUACUCCAAAACCUACAGGUUCGAAGCGGAGAUAUUUCCUUCGUCAUAAAUCAGCUGCACAACAGGACUAUGCUCAGUCACUUAAUAAAAGGGUUUCCUCACCAAGUCGACGUCUCUAGCAUCGCCGUCUUUGGCCAUUCCCUUGGAGGCGCCGCCGCCGCCGCCGCCAUGCUUACCGACAGCCGCAUAAAGGGUGGCUUGAAUUUUGAUGGUGAAAUACAUGGCCCAGUAGUCGCCGAUGGACUGGCCAGACCAUUCGCCUUGGUCAGCUCGGCGGCAAACAAGGGAUCACCAGCCCUCGAAAAUUGGAACCCAUUCUGGGACCAUCUCAAUGAUACCCGAGUCGAGCUAACCAUCUCCAACACUACCCAUGUUUCUUUUCUAGACAUACCCUUGCUCCUUACAAUUUUCCCUCUCCCAAGCGAGCUGAGGCCCAAGAUAGAAGCCGCAUUCGGAGCCGUUGACGGGAGACAGAUGGAGAAGAUCGUUGAUGGUAUCUUGACGGCCGUUUUUGACGUGCUAUUUCGGGGUUGGGUGGUGCCGUUGUGCGACUUAAAGCGCAAGUUUCAAGAAGUAUCCAUUGUGCGAAGUUCUUUGCCGCAGUCCUGCUCUGCGUGA